AAUAGAGGUUCAUUAAGUAUCCUCAUUCCCGUCGAAGCUGAAAGCUCUGAGAUAUGUCUCGUCCAAUGACAACUCUGGCAUUUACUUUCCGCUUAGCCUCGGGCUGCGGGCAAAACAUCGUCAUCGAGACUUUCCGUCUCUUAUGACCGAGCUCGCCCAGAUGCACGUUUUUCCAUACUCCACCGCACAAUGGCCUCCAGGAUCCUGCCAGCAUCGAUAGCCCGACGGACGCUUCAGUCUGCUCCUCAAUCGAUCCGUGCCGCCUCGCGAACAAUUCCCUACGUUGCACCGAGAACGAAAAAUUUGUGGGACUCGUAUCGGCCCGCGCUGCGCAUUGCCGGUCAAAGAAGAGCUCUCUCCAACACAGCUCAGACGAGAUUCGCAAACGCUGAUGGUACUUUUGAUCCACGACAUCACGAACGCGAGAGCGACGAGGUCGAUGUUUGCAUUGUCGGUGGAGGCCCUGCAGGUUUGGCUUCAGCCAUCCGCUUGAAGCAGCUGGCGAAUGAGGCUGGGAACGACGACUUCAGGGUGUUGCUGCUUGAGAAGGCCGGAGAAUUGGGUGACCAUAUUGUAUCUGGCAAUGUGAUCGAACCUGGUGCUCUCAACGAGCUCCUUCCAGAUUGGCUCUCCGAGGACAACCCAAACCGGUUCGAGCAUGUCACCCCUGCCAAAGAGGAUAGAAUGCGGCUCCUUACAAAGACGAGCUCCAUUCCAAUCCCCAAGCCCCCGCAAAUGAACAACCACGGUAACUACAUAAUAAGUCUCAACCAACUAGUCAAGUGGCUUGGGGAGCGAGCAGAAGAAGCCGGCGUAGAAAUAUACCCAGGAUUCGCCGCCUCGGAAGUAUUGUACAACCAUGAGGGUGUCGUGAAAGGCGUCGCCACCAAUGAUCUUGGAAUUUCCAGAGAGGGUAAGCCGAAAGACACUUUUGAGCGAGGAAUGGAGUUCCACGCCCGUGUCACCCUUCUCGGAGAGGGCUGUCACGGUAGCUUGACGAAACAGGUGGUUAAGAAGUACGAUCUCAGGAGGGACAGCCAACAUCAGACAUACGGUCUCGGCAUCAAAGAGGUCUGGGAGAUACAGCCUGAGAAAUUCCAAUCUGGUCUUAUUGUUCAUUCUAUGGGCUACCCCCUUCCUUCCAAUACAUAUGGGGGUGGCUGGAUGUAUCACUUUGGCGACAACAUGGUCAGUAUCGGCCUUGUUGUUGGCCUAGAUUAUCCGAACCCUUGGCUUGCACCUUAUGGCGAAUUCCAGAAAAUGAAGCACCAUCCUAUGUACAAGGAUGUGUUAGAAGGAGGCAAGUGCAUUGCAUACGCUGCCAGAACACUCAAUGAAGGUGGAUUUCAAUCCAUCCCCAAGUGCGCUUUCCCUGGUGGUGCUCUGAUUGGAGACACGGCAGGCUUUCUCAACGUGCCCAAAAUCAAAGGAACGCACACCGCUAUGAGAUCAGGCAUGUUAGCUGCCGAGGCCACGUGGGAUGCCUUGCAGGCCAACGCUGAUACUGGGACCAUUUUUCUUUAUGAUUACGAAGAUAAACUGCGAUCGUCUUCGAUCUGGUCGGAGCUCAAGCAAGUCCGGAACAUGCGCCCAUCGUUCCAUACACCUCUCGGAAUGUAUGGCGGCAUCAUCUAUUCUGGACUGGAGGCAUAUGUCCUGCGGGGGAAAAGUCCUUGGACCUUCAAACAUGGCAGGCCUGAUUAUGCAGCAACUAAGCCCGCCGACCAGUGCAAGAAGAUCGAAUAUCCCAAGCCAGAUGGCAAGAUCAGUUUUGACAUCCUGACGAGUGUUAGCCGGAGCGGCACUAAUCACGAGGAGGAUCAGCCUGUCCAUCUUCAGGUCAAGGAUUGGGACAAGCAUGCCCAGGUAGAAUGGCCAAAAUACAAGGGGGUGGAGAGCCGCUUCUGUCCUGCUGGCGUGUACGAGUAUGUCGAGGAUGACAGCAAAGAACUGGGCGUGAGGUUCCAGAUUAAUGCCCAAAACUGUGUCCACUGCAAGACUUGUGAUAUCAAGGUCCCUAACCAGGACAUCAAUUGGACAACCCCUCAGGGCGGCGAAGGACCCAAGUAUGUGUUAACCUAACCUUUUGGAGACGGAGCCAUGGGAAUCAACCGGCAAGCGCACUUGCGUUGGGAGUCCUUUCUUUGAGAGCCUGACUUGUGGAAUUAUUGAGAAAACUGUAACAUAGCCCCGGACGAGAUGUCUGAAUAGAGGUUUCCAGCCAUGAUUAGGAACUGGCCAGACAAAAUGCAAUGCCAAUAACAAUGCCACCUCAGCACAUUGCGGAAGAACUCUUGAUGCCCAAGGGUGAUAGGGCACUGCAAGGGGUGGAUUGGCUGCGAAUAGUAGGACGCGGGGACAAGUCACCGCUACCUUCAAGGACCAGGAGGCUUCUUCGGUGCCUUUCUG